AUGCUGACGUUAUCAGUGGAUAGGACCAUUGCAUUUUGGUGUGCUCUAUCAAAUGCAUCACCAUUGAAUGUCAACAGUGAAGGUAAGACGAGCAUUUCUCUAAAGACUGGUUCUCUAAUUAAAACUGCUGUUCUUUCUCUUUACAAAGGUAACAAGACUUGUGCAAAAUAUGAAGUUUCACACUCAAAUCACUGCUAUUAUCUCGAUGGUAGUGGUGGACAUUGUGCAAGUGGUUAUAAGAGAGCAUCGGAAGCUGUUCUAAAAACAAUUGCAACUCACUUUAAAGGUAAAACAUAUAAAUCAAAAGUAAGUGAUAAUUGUUGUGUAUGGACAUCAAAUGCAUAUGAAAAUUGGGGCAUGCCGCAAACUAGCUGUAAUGCAGUUGGUACAUUUCCAUCUGGACCAGUACUUGGUGGCAGUCUUUGUACACAAGCGCAAGAACAUUUUCCAGCACAACUGACAUUUUGUGGAAGCACUUAG